AUGCUCUCCCGAGUUUCGAGGCGCUCGUUGCCGCGGUUCACGCCCCCUACGCGUUCGUUGCACUCGACCAGCGCGGCGAGGGCCGAGAUCCAGCUCGAGGUCGAUGGCGUCCCCGUCUCGAUCGAGCAAGGCUCGUCGCUCAUUCAGGCGUGUGAGAAAGCGGGUAGGUCGACAAGAUCCUGGUUACGGGGAUGAGCUGUGGUUUCAUGAUGGAGGAUGGCGUGGAGGGUGGUGGCAAGGCCUGCUCGGUCGGUGGCUGCCGGGGGUGCUGCCAGCGCGGGUGUGUGGGUCGCUUCACGCGAGCGCUCAUUGGCUCAGCCGGACAGCGACCGACGAUCGAUACCACCCCGCUGGAGACUCGCACCCACAUGCUCCUCGACUACGCCAAACCAUAAGGAAUCACCACUCUAUAUUCACCCGCGGCGCACCUCCUUUCAUUUCAUCGUCAUUUCUCUGCACGUUCGGUCCAUACCCCGUCAACGGGCUCGGCCCGACCACCCUCGACAUCGCGGCGGAUAUUGUUGGACUGACACCGCACUUGGCUCAUCCCUCCUCAGGUGCCACCAUACCUCGUUUCUGCUACCAUGACCGGUUGAACAUUGCGGGGAAUUGUCGGUACGUGUGGCAACCGACAUCGCCCUACUCCGUUGGCGUUGGCGCGCGCGAUCCGCACGAUGCGGCUGACGCUCUCUGCUACGGUGCAUUCCCUCAGAAUGUGCUUGGUCGAAGUCACACCCGGCCCCCCGAAACCCCAGGCAUCGUGUGCCAUGCCCGCCAUGUAAGCCCCCUGCGCAGUCGCCGCACAGACAGGGCUUUCCAACUCACUCACGGUCCGAUCCACGAUCCACAGGCCUGGACAAAAGGUCAAGACCUCGUCACCCGUCGUACACAAGGCCCGUGAGGGGGUGAUGGAAUUCCUCUUGGCCAACCACCCCUUGGACUGCCCCGUCUGCGACCAGGGAGGAGAGUGCGACCUGCAGGACCAGUCGAUGCGUUACGGCUCGGACCGCGCCCGCUUCCACGAGAUCACGGGCAAGCGAGCGACCGAGGACAAGAACUUUGGCCCGCUCAUCAAGACCGUCAUGACCCGUUGCAUCCACUGCACCCGAUGCGUCCGAUUCGCGAACGAGGUCGCCGGCGUGCAGGACCUCGGCACUUCGGGACGAGGCAACGACAUGCAGAUCGGCACUUACAUUGAAAAGACGAUCAACUCUGAGAUGUCGGGGAACAUCAUCGACCUGUGCCCCGUCGGUGCGUUGACUUCGAAGCCACAGGCUUUCGAGUACCGCCCCUGGGAGCUCAAGCAUACCGAAUCGAUCGAUGUGCUCGACGCCGUUGGGUCCAACAUCCGCGUCGACUCGCGUGGCCUGCUCGUCAUGCGCAUCCAACCCCGCCUCAACGACGACAUCAACGAGGAGUGGAUCUCGGACAAGACCCGCUUCGCCGUCGAUGGACUCAAGACCCAGCGCUUGACGACCCCUUUGGUGCGAGAGGGUGACCGCUUCGUGCCCGCGACGUGGCCCCAGGCGUUUGAAGCUAUCAAGGCCGGUCUGGCCAAGACGGGUGCGAACGGGAACGAGAUCCAGGCGAUCGCCGGUCAGCUAGCCGAUUCCGAGUCCCUCGUCGCCCUGAAGGACUUGACGAACGCUCUCGGCUCGGAUAACACGACGCUCGACGGGCCCCUCGGCGAAUACUCGCCUGCGCACGGUGUUGACUUCCGAAGCAACUACUCGUUCAACUCGACGAUCGCCGGUGCCGAAGAGGCCGACCGCAUCGUGCUCAUUGGUACGAACCCACGCCACGAAGCCGCGAUCCUCAACGCUCGAUUGCGCAAGAGCUAUCUCCACAAUGGCGUCGACGUCGCCGUCGUCGGCCAGCAGUUCGAUUCGACUUUCGGCUACGACCACCUCGGUGACGACCUCAACGCCGUCAAAAGCCUUUUGAGCGCCGACUCGAAGUGGGCCAAGGAGCUCAAGGGCGCCAAGAAGCCCAUGAUCAUUGUUGGAUCGGCGGUGGCUGAGCACGAGAGUGGUGCGGCUGUUUUGGCUGAGGUCGCCAAAUUUGUCGAGGCCAACAAGGCCAAGUUUGUGACUGAGGAAUGGGUUGGGUACAACGUCCUUCAACGGGUGAGUUGGUGCGGUAGAGACGACGUCGUUUAGGGUACAUUUGGCUGACACUUUCUGUUACAUACUUUAUUCGACAGGCCGCAUCCCGAACAGCAGCUUACGACGUCGGCUUCGUUCCUUCGGCCGACGCGUCCAAGACGACGGCCAAGUUCGUCUACCUGUUGAACGCGGACGAUUUCUCUCCCAAACAGAUCCCGUGCGACGCCUUUGUCGUCUACCAGGGCCACCACGGUGACCUCGGAGCGCAAUACGCCGACGUGUGCCUGCCCGGAUCGGCCUACACUGAAAAGUCGACGACCUGGGUCAACACCGAGGGCCGAACACAGUUGGGUCGAGCGGCGGUGCCACCCCCUGGCCAAGCUCGGGAGGACUGGAAGAUCGUGCGCGCCUUGUCGGAGGUCUUGGGCAAACGAUUACCGUACGACGAUACCUCUGCUCUGCGUGAUCGAAUGUGGGACGUCUCGCCGACGUUGGUGCGAUACGACGUCGUCGAAAGACCUUCGUCCGUCUUGGCCGGUCUCAAGGCGUUGCAAGUCGAGGCUGCGAACGUCGGCAAGGAGAAGAGGGAGGGUGCGAGGACGGGCAAGUUCGUCAAACCGAUCGACAAUUUUUACCGCACAGAUCCGGUGUCGAGGUCGUCGGUCACGAUGGGGAAGUGUACCGAGGCGUUCGCUUGA